AUCAUGGGCGGUGGGUAUCGGAUGUGCUUGGUCACACCCCACGAGCACAAUUCGCAUCCUCGCCGAAUAAGGUAUUCCUGCAUCACGAGGCUGUGACGGAACAGCUGUCACAAGGCGUGAUGCGGAAUACGCGUCGUGGAUAAAAAAGGGGCGUGCACGAAGUUUUACGUGCUCAACCGGCGGUAUUUCGUCAAAGAGGAACGUGCGGUUGGUCGUGUAUUUGCUACGUGUGACGGAUAAAAGAAUACAUCAUUGACUGUGCGGAAUUUCACUAGACUUCAGUGCCAGUGGGGCAACGCGAUACGUGCGCGCAAACGGGUGGCCACGACGCACGAGAAACACGGCAAAAUAGUCACGAACACCAUUGUAUCUGGGGUAUAAGGAGGUUGUGUGCCAAAUAUCACGUUCACGCGGAAUCCAUCAAUCUUGGACGUUUCCACUCUGGCACGAUGGAGGGGGAGAAGAAGCAGAUAACAUGCUAUCUCAUGUUUUCUUUGUCAACGGCUGUAAUUGGCUCCCUGCAGUUUGGCUACAACACAGGAGUCAUCAAUGCACCAGAACAGAAAUUGCGGGCGUUUUUCAACGCUACAUGGAUGGAGCGUUACGGGGAGCCCAUCACACCGGGUAUGUGCACCAUUGUGUGGAGUUUUGCUGUGGCCAUCUUUAGCGUGGGUGGAAUGGUGGGAUCGUUUAGUGUUGGUGUCAUAGCCAACAAAUUUGGAAGACGUAAUUCGAUGUUCCUCGUGAAUAUCUUGGCUCUGAUUGGUGGGGGUCUCAUGGGACUGUGUACUCUCUGCUACUCCUAUGAGAUGGUCAUUGCCGGUCGGCUGAUUAUUGGGCUGUUCUGUGGCCUCUUUACUGGUCUCACUCCAAUGUAUGUUGGGGAAGUUUCGCCCACUCCCCUCCGUGGAGCCUUUGGGACCCUGCACCAGCUUGGUGUUGUGGUGGGCAUCUUAGUCGCACAGAUCUUUGGUCUGGAGGGUCUUCUGGGUUCACAGAAGCUUUGGCCUUUACUUCUGUCUCUAACCGUGCUACCAGCCAUCCUGCAGUGUAUACUGCUACCGUUCUGUCCAGAGAGCCCUCGCUUCCUGCUCAUUAACCUCAAUGAGGAAGAAAAGGCCCGCAAAGCACUGGUGCGUCUCCGUGGUUAUGAAGAUGUUGGGAAGGACAUGCAGGAGAUGAAGGAGGAGAGUGCGAAGAUGGCCAUGGAGAAGAAAGUGACCAUCGCAGAACUCUUCCGCAUUGCCGCUUACCGCCAGCCUCUGCUCAUCGCUGUCAUGCUGCAGCUGUCCCAGCAGCUCUCUGGCAUCAAUGCUGUAUUUUAUUACUCAACUGGUAUUUUUGAGUCAGCCGGAGUGACUAAGCCCAUUUACGCCACCAUCGGAGCUGGAGUGGUUAACACUGUCUUUACUGUAGUGUCUCUCUUCUUGGUAGAGCGAGCGGGACGGAGAACUUUGCACCUUAUUGGUUUGGGUGGGAUGGCCAUCAGCGCCUUGGCCAUGACCAUCGCUCUCUUAUUGAAGGACAUUGAGUCUCUUAGCUACCUCAGCAUUGCUGCAGUCUUUGGCUUUGUGGCCAUGUUUGAGAUGGGCCCUGGACCCAUUCCCUGGUUCAUAGUAGCUGAACUGUUCUCCCAGGGGCCACGUCCUGCUGCCAUGGCUGUUGCAGGAUGCUCUAACUGGACAGCCAACUUCCUUGUGGGAGUCAGCUUCCCUAAAUUGGAGGAGCUGUGCGGGCCAUAUGUCUUCAUUAUAUUCAUGAUCUUGCUCAUCUUCUUCUUCAUCUUUACAUACUUCAAAGUUCCAGAGACCAAAGGGCGAACUUUCGAUGAGAUCGCCCGUGGUUUCGGUGGGUCUCCGCCUCCGGCUGCCACCUCUGUGGAGGAGGCAGGCAGAGUCGCAAUUCCUGCCUCUCCGGUCAAAGAAAAAGUCCCGUUGGUGGAAGCUUCCAGAGCUUCCUCCGAACAGGGGCCCAGCUCAUCUGAGAAAACUGCGGUGAAUGCCGCAAAGGUGGAAGAGAAACCACUGGUAGAUUCUAGUAAAGAGGAGAAAUCUAAUUCCACCAUCUAAAAAAACGUGUAACUAUAUAGCUUUACAUGAUUAAAGCCAUGACAUAUAUCACUAAAGAUAGAAAAAUAAUACUAGAGAUUAUUUACUGAAAAGAGAUUUAGGGUAAACAGAUAAAGAAGGGAACCACAAUGGAAAGUCACAGAUCACCAAGCUAUAUUUUGAAAGGAUAUGAGAGCUCAUAGUACAUGAGCUUUAUUUUAUUGUGUAAUUUGACACUUGAUGGUUUGGUGCAAUAUUGAUUCGUUUUAAUGGUUUUAUCCUUUUAUUGCUCAUUCAUUUCUGUUUGUGAGGUUUUUGUUUUUAGUGCAGUUUUAAUGUGAAUGAUCAAAUAGGGCACAGUUUCCUAUAUCAAAUCAAACAGAAAAAGGGAAUUUUUACAUAAUUCACUCACCAUUUCUAACUGUCAAACCUCAGUUUUAGUUUUCCCAUGAAAUGAUAGUCAGCGAUCAUCAUAAUCUCAAGGUUUUUGCACUGACGAUGUUCAUUUUGUAACAUAUUUAAUGUAUAUACAGAUAUAUACGUUUUCAUUACUUCAGAUCACUACUACCAUUUAUCCAAAACACUUAAAACAUGUAUUUAAUUAGAAGAUUAAUUAAAAAUAUAAUAUAUUUAUAGGAAGUGCGUAGCUAAUAAAGCUUAUGCCACGAAUAGAAUCGCUAGUUUACUGCCAAAAAAUAAUACAUUUAAAGAAACAAACUCUUCAGAUAAAUGUCACACAUUCAUCUAAAAGUACAGUAAAGGCUGCAUUAUAGAUUAAGCAAAUGCACUGACCAGUGUUCAAUGAAUUGUACUGUAUAUACUGAAUAACCAGACAUGUCCACAUUUCAGAUAUCCAUGAUAAAGAUUUUUUUGCAAAUGAUGUGAUCAGGGAGGAAAUUUGCUAGAUUAUGACCGUUAAUCAUGCUAUUGAAUUUCCCGUGUUUUAGUGUACCAGCGUUACAUAUGUGCUGCACUGACUCACUUUGAGGUUUGACAGAGUAGUCUCACUUCAUUUAAAUAAAUGUGUGUAUAAUGACUGUAGUCCUGCACUUUCCAACACUUGUUUGAGUCGCUUUCAAAGAGAAUGCAAACAGUAUUUAUUUAUUUAUUUAUUUAUACAUUUAUUUUUUACUUAUAUUAGAGAACCUUUAUCAAUAAUUUCUAUCAUGUAAGUCAAAUUGAUAGACGCUUUAUGCUGCCAUCGCUUAGGUGUUGCUAUUUUUGUCUAGAUAUUCAAUGUGAAAGUGUUUAUUAAUAAGCACCUUUAUUGGCCAGGGUAAUAUGAAGAACUGCUUUUUCCCAUUUCCAUGUCUUGUGAUCAUGUAUGUGUUGCACUGAGAGGAACUCUAAAAAAAGUCCAAGAAAGACAACAUUCCUCUGGCAGUAGUGCACUGUGGUUGUAUUCCAGCGGUCCAGAGCAGCUUUACACUGAGCUAGCCCUCUUCUAACAGUAACUAAUACAACCAUCUUAUUAACUGCUAAUGCCUUUCACAUACUGUACCUUUACUGUGCAUAAUGUACACAACACAUAGUUCUUGCUUACUGUACAGAGUUAGAAGAGCAUCACAAUGUAAAAUACCUAAGUUAAUGUUUCUGUGUUGAAUGGUGUAAUUAAUGUAACUGCAGGUCAAAAGAGAGUGUCUGCUAAACAGAAUUGUUGAUGUUUUGACUAUUUGUAUAUUUUAUGGUGGCUUUUCCUGGAUGUGUAUCAAAAUCAUGAGUGGUACUGUGUACAGUUGUUGUAUUAUUUUGAGAAUAAAUAGUCUAAAUUA